ACAUCGAGAACUGCCUAACGAGAGUGCUGGAUACACAAACACUGUGGUGUGUAUGUACACUAACGGACGGAGUAUACAGGUGGUCACAGAAAUGUCCUUACUGUCCCAACAACCUCAGGGUUGAGUGUUUGAUGGCCGUCCCUUCCCCCCGGGUCGCCUCCCAAUCGUACUACCCAACAUGGCAGUACCCAGGGGACUGUUAAUGCUGUGUCUGUUAGCCAUAUCAUAUGACAUAUGUCAAGGAUUUGAACAAGUCUGUCAUCAAUGUGAUUGUUUCGUGAGUGAGGGAUACAAGGAGCGGGGUGUUCGGAACAUUAAACCUCCAUGCAAUGAAGGCUCUAUUCGAUGGAGAAAUCCGAACGGAGGACUACGCGUACAGCUACAGUCUGGAUAUACUUCGAACUUCCGGGCAUGCUUUGCCGUGGAAGCCACAAAUAUUGCGGUGAAGAUAUCCCAGGAAUUUGUGAUCGCUUCCGGUAAACAAAUAUCCGGUCAAAGGUCGUCAUAUUUGCAUGCCGUUGCUAUAACAGCCAACAGGACUAAAGAAAUCUGCAUCCCCUCAUCCUCGUCAUACCCAUCGGUACUACUAUAUUUAGAGACGGAACGGCUGCCACACCAAUCGGGUGUGCAGAAAGUGACAUUCCAUUACGUCAUAGAAGCCAUUCGGUCAAAUACACUGCUCUUCAAUCCAAUGGAAGAAGAAUGUCGUCCGUGUGACCGGCGCGAACUCGUCCAGGCCUACUGUGCCAGCGACUUCGUUGUGACUGGAAAGAUGACCUCCGUCACGCACUUGGAUGACAUAGAAAGGUCUAAGAUGGACGUUGAAGUUAGCCGCGUUAUACGUCAGAAAGGUCAGCUAUUUACCUACUUCCGGGACGACCAAUCUCUCCGAGGGUCCUUGGUAGCUCCCCGCCAUUGUGGAAUCCAAUAUGGCAAGGGGGACUUCCUUUUUACAGGACAUCUACGCCUUGGUCACUUGACAAUCUCUUGUUCGCCGUACUUGUCGGAAUGGAAAGAGGUUCUGAUGGCGGCGUUAGCGGACGGAACCAUGGAAUGUGAAGUGGAUUAAUUUUGCUGGACGCAUUAAAAAAAACGUAACAUUGUGUAAACAAAUUUUACAAGAUAAUCAGAUUGGCGCGCUUGUCGCUAUUUGGCUGUGACUGACUAAUAGAUUAUUUUAUGGGCUUUCUUGCAUGGGCGUGAUCCUCAGAAGUAACAGAAAGUUGCCUAUUUUAUUUACCACGCCCUUGCAGGAGAAGGUAUGACAAAAUGUUAAAAGAGGCGUGCCCCAUUGUGAAUGGGCUUGGCUACCUGAGGAGUAUUCAGGUGUGGUACCCUAUGGAGGGUUGACUAGUGUUGCACAUGAUAACUGUUAAGAAAGGUGCCGUGCUUGACUGUGAUUGGCAGGACGAUGGGCGUGGCCCUCCGCGAUCCUGCCUGUGGCGUAUCUGUGAUAUACGUGACCCAUUAUGGUGCAAUUCGUGAAUAACCGUCAGUCUUCUCGCGGGUGUCUUCUCGCCUCAGACGUUAUUUUACAAGGAUUUACAUUAACUCUGUUCAUCUGUUGACUCGUUAUCAUUUAUAGUAGGAUGGUGUUUAUUUCUCGAAGAUUCAUGUCACAGUAGAGUUGUAUUUUUAAGUGACGAGAACCCGAAAAGACUGCCGGUUGUUUACUCUCUGUGUGUGUGACGUUUUAUUGUUAAUGUUGGCCGUUGAAGAUAACCCGUUGUGGUGAUCCAUGGGACUCGUGAUGUCCCCCAUGGGGACCUCUUAUGGAUAAUUCAUGGUGGGGACUUUCGGGAAUUCUGGUCCCCGUGGCGAACCCCUAAUGCAUCUGUGGUGGAACCAAAGGGCGAUUACUAGUAACUCAGCUUUUAAAAGACAAUAAUCAUUUCAUCAACUGAUAUCCAUUUCAAAUUUCAUUCGCAUAUAUGUAUAUACAUGUAUAUCAAAGUUCUGAACUCAUUUGCAUUUUAAAGAAAUCAUAUCUUUAUCAUUAGCAUCGUGUGAAGUUAAAAUACAGUAGAUAUGUAGUAAAAGCAAGCAGACAUUCCAAACGGAAAUAUCAAGGUUUUAAGUCGAUGUCCUUGAAGUCAUCGUCAUAGCCGUUAUCUAUUCGGUAAUUCCAUCAAUCAGAUUAUAUUAGGCUAGUUAUCGAUAUCGGCCUGAAAGGCACAAGGCAGCAAUGAGAAUAUAGUAACACUUUACCAAGGGAGAUAAUUGUGUAUUGUUUAAUCAGAUUCCAUUUACUGCGGCAUUCAUCCUCAGGAGACUGGAUAACAUAGCCCGGAAUUCAUAUCAUUAUUUUGGGAACAUUCGGAGUUGAAAACUCAUCAUUUCUUCUCUUUUUCUUGUCAUUGAAAAGGACGACUACCACUAUUGCCUAACUUUUUACGUGGGCAAUAUUCUUGGCAUGUUUGUUUCUAUCGAAAUUUUUUGAAAACUGAAAUGUGUUCGACAAAUCGUGAUUGUUAUUUCUGUUUUUUUUUUUUAAUUUCUUAACACUGUUAUAUACGUUUACCCAGUUUCUCUUUUCAAAUGUAGCGAAACAUGGACUUGAAUUUUUAAAAAUUGUGUACGGAUUUGUUUUUUGUGAUACGUAAUGUAUCUGUUGAUGGUAAAUAAUGUAUCUGCAUAUUUGUUUGUGUGUUUGUCACGUGACAGUCCAUGUUUCUCAAUGUUGAAUUUAACUGCUCCAGAAACACUUACGUUUUGUUGUGUAUAUAAGAGACUUUAUAUCCAAAUUCAAUGUUGAACAAAAUAAACAAGUUAUGAAUCUUAA